AGCAAUAAAGGGCCCACCCCAAAUAGAGGGGAAAUCGUUUGAUAUAAAACCAUCCAACCUACCUUGGAUAUUCUACUUGUACAAUGAAUCACAUUUUAAUUUUACAUUUACAGAACCAAAUUGGAUGAAUGGAUUCCUUCAAGAAAGCCAAAGUGGUUCGUCUCCGAAGCCAACACCAAAAAUACUUGACGGCCUCAGAAGACGAAGAUUCCGUCAAGCAAAGCCGAAACGGGUCAUCAAAGAAUGCACGUUGGACAAUUGAGCCAAUUGAAGGUAAACCAAAUGUCAUCCGUCUAAAAAGUUGCUAUAGCUGGAAAUACUUAUCCGCAUCUGAGGAGCCUUUUCUCCUUGGAUGGACAGGAAAGCGAGUCUUCCAAUCAUCCCCUAGGCUCCGACUCGACUCAACGGUUGAAUGGGAGCCUAUAAAACACGGCUCCGGCUCUCUAGUCAAACUAAUGACCCGUAACGGUAACUUCCUUAGAGGUAACGCUGGGGUUCCUCCAUGGAACAAUUCCGUUACACAUGAUGUUCCUUCUAGGAAUACUACCCAAGAUUGGAUUUUGUGGAACGUUGAUAUUAUUGAGGUUGACUAUCAAUCAACGGAUGAUGUUGAAGAUAAAAACAGUGUUGUUGAAGAGUCAAUAGGGUGUAAUGUAGAGGAUCAUAUUCAUGGCUCUUUUUCAUCUGUUACAACAAUGGAGGAGGCUAAACAUAGUUAUCAGGUUGGAUCCCCUGUUUCCAGUUCUACACCUACGUCUGCUCGUUCUAAUUCUGAGGUUCCUACAACUCCAAGUCCAAGGGCAAGUCCUACAGCAUCAGAGAAAUCCACCCAAGAUUGGCCGCAAACUAAGCAUUCUGGUUCAUUCAACAAACUCAAAUCCAUGUUAGAUGGUCUACAAGACUUACUUGAUGGCACAGAAGAAGAAGAUACAAAAGCAGAUGAUGAUGAUGAUGAUGAUGAUGAGACUUCAGCAGAAUUUAGCAGUCACCAGCCUCAUCAAUUAGAUGUUAGGAUGGUAAAACAAACACUUUUAGGAUUAAAGAACAUGAACUUUGAAACUAUGUUAUCCUCUGGAAGAGACAAGAGGAUGUACAAGUCCAUUAAUGUCCUUAUUGCUGAUGCAAAACUCUCAUCCCACGGCCAAGACACCCUUAAAGACCUCAUCAACCUCAAAAACCAGCUUAAGUCUAUGAGAAAUGACCGUAUCUUUGCCUACCAAGAAUUGAAUGACUACAAAACAUUCUGCACUAGGAAAUUAGAGGUUAAGGCUCAACUUAAAAAGGACGCUGCUAAGGCUCACGAGUUGGAGACUUUAGAGGACGGAUUCAGCAAUACGCUUGCAACAGCAAUAGCCAAAAGGGAUAUUUUAUUGAAGCAAAUCGAGGAAGUUGACAGUAGAAUCAAGGCAGCCGAAAGAACUCAAGCUGAUAACGCUGUGGAGAUUGAACAACUUAUUUCCAGAAUGGGGGAUAACAGUCAAUGCCUUAGGGAAAUGGACAGGAAUGAGAAAUCAUUGCAGGCUAAGAAAGUUGAAGCCGAAAACACGUUGGAGAGCGUAGAGGAACAAUGGCUUCAGCUCAAGGGUUUGCUUCAAGACAUUUGAUUGUGGUUCCAAUUCAUGUAAAACUAACAAGUUAUAUCAUUAUAUAUGUAUGCAAUUUUGUCAAACUUCAUUCAUCUUAUGCUUCUUUCGUAAGUACUACAUAUUAUUACUCAAAAUUCGUAGACAAAUUUCUUAGUUGUAUAUUACAGAGUACUACGUAUGAUGCAAGGAAUAUAAAUACAAGGAAUACACCAAAUUAUACCAUCA